CUGCACCUGGAGCCAGUCCUUCCCAGCCCCUGAGCUCCGGGUAACAGCAGACCGGAAGAAGGGGCUGGAAGGGGGCAGAGGCCGAGUGCGCGGGUCGCGGCCGAGUUAACGAUUACCGGUGGGCGGGUCCUCUCGGCCCCUCCCCGCCCGCGUCCCCGAAUGCCCCGCGCCGUCCGCCCGCGCCGCCGCCACCUGCUGCUCGCUCGCAUCCGCACCUGCGCCCGAGUCCGCACCUGCGCCCCGUCAGCACCUGCGCCGCUCCCGCACCUGCGCAGCGCCCGCCAUGGCCGGCAAAGCGCACAGGCUGAGUGCCGAGGAGCGGGACCAGCUGCUGCCAAACCUGAGGGCUGUGGGGUGGAAUGAGCUGGAAGGCCGAGACGCCAUCUUCAAGCAGUUCCAUUUCAAAGAUUUCAAUCGGGCUUUUGGCUUCAUGACGAGAGUGGCCCUGCAGGCCGAGAAACUGGACCACCACCCCGAAUGGUUUAACGUGUACAACAAGGUCCAUAUCACCUUGAGCACCCAUGAGUGUGCCGGCCUUUCGGAACGGGACAUAAACCUGGCCAGCUUCAUCGAACAAGUAGCAGUGUCCAUGACCUAGGCCCUGCCCUUCCUCUGCGAAUUCUUCAGGGGAAGGGAGUGACUGAAUCAGGAAUCUGGGGAGGGGAAUCCAGGGAGCCAAGAUGUUGCUGCAGCUAGAAGGGCCAAGUGGACUGUGCUGCCACCAGCUAGGGGAGAGUCCUUGCUGUGGAACGAGAUGCCGGCAUCAACGCCGACCUUUCCCCAAACCCCUCUUCAUCCUUGGCGCUCUGUUAUAUGUACACUAAUUGAGUCUGAUCUCUCUCUGGAAGACUUCCCGGCAACAGUAUUGGUCUUUUUGCCAGGCUGCAUCCUGCUCCCUUUCUAAUUCAUUUCCCAGGAAGCUGUGACAAAGAGGUACCAAGUCUUAAUCUCAGAAACCAGGACCCUAAAGUCAACCUUACCAUAUGUAACACAAAACACCUGUGCUUUUAUGUCUUAAAUAAAACUAGUGUUUCACUCGG